AUGGCUCAGAUGAAAGAACUGGGUGUCAUCUUCUACAACUGCAGCUGUCUGGUCCUAGACUUACAAAGGAUAUUUGCUUUAUACAAUUCAUUAAAAUUCAAGAACAGAGUACCUCAGACCUGGUCGAAGAGGCUCUAUGGCGUCUAUGAUAACCAAAAAAAAUUGCAACUUCAGUUGAACGAAACCUACUCUCAAGCAUUUGUUUCGAACUCUCCUAAACUCUUUUGCCCUAAGAACAGAAGCUUUGACAUAGAUGCCAUCUACAGUGUAAUAGAUGAUGCCAAGCAGUUUGUGUUCAUAGCUGUCAUGGAUUACCUGCCCAUCUCCAGCACCAGCUCCCGAAGGACUUACUGGCCAGAUUUGGAUGGGAAGAUAAGAGAAGCAUUAGUUUUACGAAGUGUUAAAGUUCGACUCCUUAUAAGCUUUUGGAAGGAAACCGAUCCCCUUACAUUUAACUUUAUUUCAUCACUUAAAGCUAUUUGCACUGAAAUAGCGAACUGCAGUUUGAAAGUUAAAUUUUUUGAUCUGGAAAGAGAGAACGCUUGUACUACAAAAGAACAAAAGAAUAGCACCUUUCCUAAAUUAAAUCGCAACAAGUACAUGGUGACUGAUGGAGCAGCUUAUAUUGGAAAUUUUGAUUGGGUAGGGAAUGAUUUUACCCAGAAUGCCGGUACAGGCCUUGUUAUCAACCAAGCAGACGUGAGUAACGACACAAGCAUCAUUAAGCAAUUGAAAGAUGUGUUUGAAAGGGACUGGUAUUCACCCUACGCCAGAACCUUACAGCCUACCAAACAGCCAAACUGUUCAAGCCUUUUCAAACUCAAACCUAACAAAACUGCCACAUACAAUACCAGCAGAAAAAGACCCUUGAGUGCUCAACAAGAAUGA